AUGUCAUUUUCAGACUUCAACAAGGUUGAGACCGUCAAAUCUUUAAACCACUUCUUGGCUGACAAGUCAUACAUUGAUGGUGCUGCACCAACUCAAGCUGAUGUAAAGGUUUACAAAGCUUUCCAAAAAGAGUACCCAGCUUUCACAAGAUGGUUCAACCACAUUGCCUCAUUCACUGAUGAGUUUGCUGAGUUGCCAGCCGGUAACGACUCACCAGCUCCAGCUGCUGCCAAGAAGGAAGCUGCUGCUGAAGAAGAUGACGAUGACGUUGACUUGUUUGGUUCAGACGACGAUGAAGUCGAUGAAGAAGCUGAAAAAUUGAAGCAACAAAGAUUGGCUGAAUACGCUGCUAAGAAGGCUGCUAAGGGUCCUAAGCCAGCUGCUAAGUCUAUCGUUACCUUGGAUGUUAAACCAUGGGAUGACGAAACCGACUUGGAAGAGUUGUUGUCUAACGUCAAGAACAUCUCCAUGGAAGGUUUGACCUGGGGUGCUCACCAAUGGAUUCCAGUUGGUUUCGGUAUCAAGAAAUUGCAAAUCAACUUGGUUGUUGAAGAUGCCUUGGUUUCUUUGGAUGACUUGCAAGCUGCCGUUGAAGAAGAUGAAGACCACGUCCAAUCAACUGAUAUCGCUGCUAUGCAAAAAUUGUAA